CUAAGCUUCGUCGUCGAUGCACUCAAUUACGCCGAAUCUAGCCACACUGGUGAACUGCGAGUCGAUGUAAAGAAUAUAGCACGAUGUAUCAACGCCGUGUGUUUCCAUACUGUCGUAUGAUUGUAACUUUUCCAGUAAAAUAUUGAUAAUUAAAGGGCCAAUCGGUAUUGUACAACGAACAUGACGGUUACAGUAUUCGCCAGUCAGGCGAUUUUAAUCCCGCGGGAAAUGAUGUGUUUCGGUAGAAAUAUAUCACGGCUUUACCAUCGCCAUCGAAAACUAUGUCGUGUGAACAGCAUUCUGUUAGGAAAAUGUUUGUCUCCCUCGUUUGUCAUUGAUACCUGGGCUGUACAAAGGACAUGUCAUAGCAAUAAAAGUAAAGUAGAAAGUUUCCCGGGUACCUUAACGAAGCAGCAAGCUAAAGAAUUGGCCUUGAAGCUCACUUCGGAAGAACGAGAGCACUUUUCAAGCGCUCUUCAAGAAUGUAAAUCUGAAGAAGAUAAGGCUGGAUAUCAACGUCAAUUAGCAGGUUUCCGGUGGUCUACUACGCUUGGAAAACCUUCAAAAAUUCCAUCCUUGGGAGACGUGGAUGCCACGGGGCAAUAUUGUACCGUACCAGACGAUUGGCUUAUGCGCAAUAUAAAAUCUUUUCCUUCCAUCGACAGACAUUUAUAUUUUGCUCUUUCCAUUACAGUUGAAAAAGUUCCAGGACCAACAACAAAAACUCUAGUAUUAGUUGCAAUUGCGAAUGCAAUUCCAUUCAUUGGCUUUGGUUUUCUUGACAACUUCAUCAUGAUUAUCGCUGGUGACCAGAUUGAAACGAUAUUAAAUAAAAGAUUUCCAGUAUCGACUAUGGCAGCUGCAGCGUUAGGAAACACUGUUUCUGAUAUAAUAGGAAUUGGAUCUGUACAUUAUGUAGAAAUAUUUGCUCAUAAAAUUGGAUUUCAGGCACCAAAACUUACUUCUAUAGAAUUAAAUCUGCCUAAAACGAAACGAGCUGCAAAUGUGGGACGAGUUAUUGGAGUUACAGUUGGUUGUUUUAUUGGAAUGACACCUAUUCCUCUUUUUUCGUAUCUUCAUGAUAGCGAUUGAACUUGUGAGUAUUAAAUGCUCCAAAUUUUAUUGUUCGUUCGAAGAUAUUAAUUUCUAUCGUUGCAUCGAACAAAUGUGUAAUAGUAGAAACAAAAAAAACAUCUU